AUGUCCAAGCGGCGGAGCGAGCGCGAAGAGGAGGAUGAUCUUGCCUUUUUCUCAAAACAUGCGAGGAUGAAUACACCUUCUGACGAUGGUGGUGUAAACGAAGAGGCGGCUGCCGACCAAGCAUCAAACACCGCGCGUCUCGCUCCACUUUCUCCCCCCUUUGACCCGCUGGAUGGCUCGAGCAUGGGCAUCAUUGAGCGUGUGGACAUGAUCAAUUUCAUGUGCCAUUGCAAUCUGAGCAUUAAUCUUGGGCCUCGCAUGAAUUUCAUUAUCGGCCACAACGGCAGUGGAAAGAGUGCAAUUUUAACAGCGCUCACCAUUGCGCUCGGCGGCAAAGCGAGCACAACGAACCGCGGGAGCAGUAUCCGCGAUCUUAUUCGAGAAGGUGCUAGUGCUGCAGAAGUGCGCGUGCAUAUCCGGAACAGAGGCCCUGACGCCUUCCGUCCAGCCCUGUACGGCGCGGAAAUUACUGUCGAGCGGCGCAUCCUUGCGGAUGGGAGUGGGUCGUGGAAGAUGCGUGGUGAGCACGGCAAGAUCAUUUCAACGAAGCGCGAAGAGUUGGAUGCAAUAUGUGAUCAUGCCAACAUCCAAGUGGACAACCCAAUGAACAUUCUCACCCAAGACAGCGCACGCCAAUUUCUCGGCAACGCUGCGCCCGAGGAAAAGUACAGCUUCUUUUUACGCGGCACGCAGCUUACGCAGCUUGCGCAAGAGUACGAGAUGAUCCAAGUGAACAUACAGCGCAUGAAGCGCGUGCUUGCAAGAACACAGGAAGUGCUGCCAGAUUUGGAGCACGAGGCGCGCGAAGCGAAUGCACGAUGGCGUCUUGUCGAGCAAGCGCGACGCGAGCAGGAUAAGUUGAACAGUCUUAAAGAUGAGCUGGUAUGGAGCCAAGUGAUUGCAAAAGAGCAGCAGCUCGCCCAAGCCGCGGAAGACCUCGAGCGCGAGCGCACCAAGCAUCGCGCCUUACAGCGCAAACAAGAAGAAGAUCGUAAGCGCGCCAGUGCGCUGGAUGAAAGGAUUGCCUCGCUGGAACAGCGCAACACGGAAUCGAGCGAGCGCGAAACGCAUCUGCAAGAGCAGCGCGCUGCUGUGAUGCAUACUGUUAAAGAACAUCGCAACAUGCUCACCAGCAUCAAGGCACAAGAAAAGGAAGUGAACCACCAGGCAGAACGCGUCCGGCAAACAAUGCAGCAUUUUCAGCGCCAAAUCGAUGCAGAAUCGCGCAAGCUAGAACAAGAUUGCCGUGCAGUGCGCCAAGGACAAGAGUCACGACGCGAUGCAUGUAUAGAGCAGCGCAUCGAGAAUGAGAUGCUUCAAGUGCAAUGUGCCGAGACAGUCGAGGAGCUUGAAUUGAAGCAACAAUCGUUGGGCGAAAAAAGAAGCGCAAUGCGCGCAGAGCGCAACGUAAUGGACGAAAAGGCUGCGCACUUGCAGCAAUUUAUCCGGCGCUGUGUAGACGCGGCGUCAAACCGCAUCACUGCGUUUGGCGGUCGCGCUAUGCCGCAGGUGCUUGCAGAGAUUGACAAAGAGCCACGCUGGCAUACAAAGCCGCUCGGGCCGAUUGGGUUGCACAUGCGCUUGCGCGACCAGCGCUGGGCGCCCGUCAUGGAAGCUGUGCUCAAUGACGCGCUCAAUGCUUUUUGUGUGACCGACCACCAUGACCGAGCAAUGCUCUCGCGCAUCUUGCAGCGCUACGAUGUGCGCUCCCAAAUCUUUACUGCCGCACCCGACCUGUUUGAGUAUGUACACGGCGAGCCCGACAGUGAUAUAUUGACGGUGCUGCGCGCGCUGGAAGUGGACGAUGAGUACAUUGUCCGUGCGCUCAUUACGGGCUUGGAAAUUGAAAAGUGCGCGCUUGUCCGCCAGCGUGCAGAAGGCGAUGCGCUGCUGCGUCGCAACCCACGCAACGUGAUUCGGUGCUACUCGAUGGAUCUCUUUCGUCUCACGGGUGGAGCCAGAGGCAGUGCGACGCAGACGCUCAACAGGGCAACUGGCGCACCGCGCUUAGUCACCGAUACGAGCGUGCAGAUCAGCGAGGCGCGCACGUCUCUGGAACACAUCGCAGCAGCCCAAGGCGCGCACGAAGAUCAACUGCGUGCCAUGAGCGCCGAAGAACGUGCGCUCCACACACAGCUUGCCAAAAAGCGCGAAGAGCAUGCUGCCUUGCGCGCUGCACACCGCACCUUGCGUACCAACAUUGCACAAAUCGAGGAAGAGAUGCGCGAGGAUGAGCCGGCGAAUAUGGCAGCUCUCGAAGAAGCACGGGACGACGCCGAGCAGGAAAUGGCGCGCAUUGUCGAGCAAUUCAAAGAGCUGGAAAACCAAAAAGAAACGCAAGAGGAUGCACUUGCGCCGCACGCAGCGCGCGCAGAAAAUCUGCGCGAGCAAAUCGAUAUUUUAGGUUCCGAGCACCGCGACAUGGAGACGGAACUGCAGAGCAUCUUUUCGGAGCGCGUCAAGCUGCGGCGCAACGACGAGUACUGGACGGGCCAGAUCCAGACAAAAGAAGCGGCGAUGAAAGCAGCCGAGCAGGCAGAAGCCACGCUUGCGUCGCUUAUUGAUGAGUGGACACAGCAAGCGCUUGAAUAUUGCGCCCGCGUAGAAACGCGGCGCAGCGCCGAAGCGCUUGAGCGCCAGAUCGACACGAUUGAGCGCCAGCUCGCGGAUGCAGAGUCGCAUUCAGACAUGCGCUUAGAAGAGGUCGUGCUGGACCUUCGUACCAAAAAAAAAGCAUACCAGGAUGCGCAGCGCCAGAUCGAGAACCUUUGUGCUACUAUUGGCAUUCUUGACACCGCCAUCCAUACGCGCCUUGAAAAAUGGCACUAUUUCCGCCGAAUCGUUGCGAUUCGCGCACGCACCAACUUUUCCCAGUAUCUCCAAACGCGCGGCUUUUCCGGCUCGCUGCAUUUUGACCAUAAUGCGCAGACGUUAGAUUUGCGUGUGCAAACCGACGAUAGCGCGCGCAUGCACGACAAGGACCCCAAGUCCUUGUCGGGCGGCGAAAAGUCGUUUUCGACCAUUUGCCUGCUGCUUUCCUUAUGGCAGGCCAUUGGAUGUCCGAUCCGAUGCCUCGACGAGUUUGACGUAUUCAUGGAUGCGGUAAACAGGAAGGUGUCUAUGAAAAUGAUUAUCGACGCUGCAAAGUCCUCGCCGGAUGUGCAAUACGUGCUUAUCACGCCGCAAAACAUGUCGAAUGUGUCGCUAGGGCCAGAAGUCCAAGUACAUCGCAUGCGCGAUCCCGAAAGGAAUGUUUCCUAG